AUGGCACUCCAAUCUCUCGUUCCGAAUCGGCAUCAUAAGGCCUUUACAAAGCCUACUAAGGCUCCCGCUUCCCCUGAGCUAGGCAUUGGUGUCACCAACAAUGGAUUUGGUGACAAUAACUUCUUGCACAUUGGCAAUGUUAUCUCUCUUGGAGGAGGCUGCUUAAUUGACCUUCGAUUGACGGACCCCCGCCUUGACAUGAUACGUCUCUUGGACACUAAGGGAGAUGUCAUGGUCAGGUCAUGCAGCUGGGCAUUGAAGACCCCCGAGUUUGCCUCGUGGAACAGCGGCCACCAACACGAUCUGCUCUGGAUAAACGGCGGUCCUGGAAAAGGAAAGACAAUGCUUACUAUGGGGAUCAUCGAGAUGUUGGUCCCGCAAUCCAAGGCUGGUUCUUCGCGAGCCGUGGCAUACUUCUUUUGCCAACGUACCGAUCCGCGGUUAAGAAGCGGGACUUCUGUCCUGCGAGGCUUGCUCUAUCGCCUCGUGAUGGAGUGUCCUGCAAUAGUCAAGCGCAUUCAGGGCAGAUGGGAUGCCGCUGGCCGUGCGUUGUUCGAGGAUAUCAACUCUUUCUACGCUCUGUCAGAAAUCAUUCACGAGGUUGACCAAGACUCGUCGCUUCCUGGGAUUACCUUCAUCAUUGAUGCGCUGGACGAAUGCGAAGACGGGCUCCCGCAACUUCUUGACCUGAUUGUCUCCAUGGCGGCGUCAUCUCGCAUCAAGUGGCUGGUUUCCAGCCGCGCCCAUCCGGAAAUCGAAAACAGACUCAAACAAGCAAAAGGAUCGAGUCUCGACCUUGAAAUCAAUGCAAAGCAGGUUGCCAGUGCCGCCGACAACUACAUCGAGGAGAAAGCCGCGGCACUCGCCAGAGCAAAGAAGUAUGACGAGAAUCUCUAUCUCACGGUACUCAAGCACCUAAAAACCAGAGCAGAAGGGUCCUUCCUUUGGGUAUCACACCUUUGCGACACAUUGGAGAAAGCACCGCGCCGCAAAACGAUCUCCAUUCUCGAGAUAUUCCCGACCAGCCUGCAAACUGCAUACCACCAAGGAUGGACACAAAUGCAACACAUGAACGACGGAGAAGAUCUGAAACUAUGCAUCCGUAUUCUGGGCUCUAUGGUCGCCUCCCGCCAGCCACUACGGCUAGCCGAUGUUGCUUCGCUCGCUAGACUCCCGGCGGGAUUUGCGAAGGAUACGGAGUCAACCAAGGAACUGGUCCAAUUGUGUGGUUCGUUCUUGAUUAUUCGGGGUGAUGUUGUUGAUUUUGUUCAUAGCUCUGCUAGAAGCUAUCUCGGUGGUAUCCCUGAGUUCCAGAAUUGUGGCGCGUCGAAGAGACCGGGUUUUCUAUGA